AUGAUUCUUCAGCACGAUUGGCUCUUUACGUCUCCUCAUCCACCAAUGUCUCAUCUUUUAUCAAUAUUGCAAACUGAAGAUGAAGUACAAUACAUUGGUUUCGUCGCACGCAUGUCACUAAAUUAUGAAACAAGUAGAGGUCAAUCACAUUCCUACUAUCGUUAUAUCUUUUCUCAAGCUCGAAAUCUUCGAUCAGAUCGUCCCUUUAGUAAAGACCUAAUAGCUUGUUUACAUUGGUUUGAUAGACCACAUCUAUGCUCCGUCGAAACAUAUCGCCAAAUUUUUGGCAUGUCAAUCGUCAAACGAGGAAAUUUUCUUGAAGACACAUUCGGCGUGGAGUAUAUACAAAGCAUGAAAAAUGCAUUAACUAAAGAAGCUGCAUUUGAAGAAUGGAAAAAAUGGGGUGCAUGGAUGUAUUAUCCUGAUAAUGGCAAGACGGUCACUGUUCGUCAUCUCCAUGGUAGAAUAAAUUUAUUGGGUGAAAGGCAGGAGGAAACUAUAAAGAAAAUGAUCAAAGCGAAUAUAGAGAAGCGUGCUGCAUCAGUUAGCGAAGAGAAUGAGAGAUGGAAUAUGGAUGAUGUUACUAUUGACGAACUCAGUGUCGAUCUUUAA